AUGUCUGGUAUGACCCGGAGAGAAAUGGAUCGGAUCAAAGGUCCAUGGAGUCCUGAAGAAGACGAUCUAUUGCAGACGCUAGUUCAAAAGCACGGAGCGAGGAACUGGUCUCUCAUUAGCAAAUCGAUCCCCGGACGUUCCGGUAAAUCCUGCCGGUUACGGUGGUGCAAUCAGCUUUCGCCGGAGGUCGAGCACCGUGCUUUCUCGGCGGAGGAAGACGAUACGAUCCUCCGCGCGCACGCGCGGUUCGGUAACAAGUGGGCGACGAUCGCUCGGCUUCUCAACGGUCGCACCGAUAACGCGAUUAAGAAUCAUUGGAACUCGACGCUGAAGCGGAAAUGCAGCACCGCCGGCGGCGGCGGAGCGAUGUCCGACGACGGACAGAGCUGCGAUUUCGGUGGGAAUGGAGGGUAUGAUGGUAAUUUAGCGGAUGAGCAGCCGUCGUUGAAACGGACGGCGACCGGAGGAGCUGUGUCGACGGGGUUGUUUAUGAGUCCCGGAAGUCCAUCGGGAUCUGACGUCAGCGAGCAAUCAUGCGGACCUGUUUUGGUUUUGCCGUCUUCUACUCAUGUUUUUAAGCCGACGGCGAGAGCUGGUGGAGUGGUGAUUGAACCGACGGCGAAAGAUCCGGCGACUUCUCUGAGUUUGUCUCUGCCUUGGGUCAAUGAGUCAGCUCAGGGAAGAGACACGGCGGAGCUUUUUCCGGUGAGAAAAGUGGAAGAAGAGGAGAGAGGGAGAUGGAUGUCGGGGUUUAGUGGAGAUUUCAUGACGGUGGUGCAGGAGAUGAUUAAGACGGAGGUGAGGAGUUACAUGGCGGAUUUACAACGAGGGAACGGCGGAGGAGGAGGAGGAAGUUCGUGUAUGGUGCAAGGAGGAGCUAAUGGCCGUAAUGUAGGGUUUAGAGAGUAG